AUGGCGACAGCGCACCGCGUCCUCACGAACGUCCACUUGCUCGUCGUCGCGAUGACGUACCAAGACGGCAUUUACGACGCCCUCCGGCCCGUGUAUGGCCAUCGGCACGCAAUGCUGCUUAAGUGGCCGCGCCUUGCACACAAGCACAUUGGACACCUGGAAGACCCACGGUCGGUGCUCCUCCUUCUGAUCGAGCAGGAUCGGUUGGAUCUUGUACAGCGACUGCUACAGUGUCGACCUUACGGCUGUCCGUCUGCUUCGUCUGCCUGGUCCAGCAAAGAGUCCAAUCCCACGUUUGCCCUUCGACCAAACCCGAUGGACUCGGCGGCGGCGCUCGGUCGCCUGGCGAUCCUGCAAUUCCUCCAUGAAGCAGCGAUUGGGCAGUGCACGACGUCCGCCAUGGAUUUGGCGGCGCGCAACGGGCACUUGCAUGUCGUGCAGUUCUUGCACACCCACCGCGACGAAGGAUGCACCAAGUGGGCAGUGAAUUGGGCAGCGGAGCACGGGCAUCUCGAUGUCCUCUCGUUUCUCUUGGAACAUCGCCGAGAAGGCUUCACGAUGUACGCAGUCGACCACGCCAGCCACGACCUCAUUCUUCUCGCUCUGUCCGACUACAUAAGCAGCCACGAUAUGUACUGA